AUGUCCUUCGCCAAACCAAACAUCAUCUUCUCCACAUUCACAUCUGUUUCAAACACAACAACCACUGCUUCUAUCCGUCGCGCCUUGACUCUCAGAUCACACCUUUCGUUUUCUUCUUUAAAAAUGCCCUCUUCUAAACCAAUCACCACCGCCGCUGCGCUCAUCAUUGGCGAUGAAGUCCUUAACGGUAAAAUCAAAGACACAAACUCCACAUACUUUGCCCACUUCUGUUUCCGCAACAACAUUGAGCUCCGUCGCAUUGCUGUUGUCCCCGAUGAAGAAGAGGACAUUGUUGAAACCCUCCGCCGGUUCGCUUCGAAAUACGACUUCAUUAUCACUUCCGGUGGAAUUGGUCCAACCCAUGAUGACAUCACUUACGAGGCCGUUGCAAAGGCUUUCGACGUUCCUGUUGCCCUCGACCAGGAAUUGGCCGAUCGCAUGCACUCCCGUGGCAGUAAAAUUGACCCAUCAAAUAAGGAGGCUUAUGCUGCACAACUUCGUAUGGCAAUCAUUCCAGUUGCCGAUGAAACUAAGGGCGUAACUGUCGAAAAAAUCUAUAUUGAUGAAAACCUUUGGGUCCCCUCAGUUAGUGUAAACUCUCAGGUUCAUAUCCUUCCAGGUAUUCCUCAGCUUUUUGAGCGCAUGCUUGAGGGUCUUCUCCCCCACAUUGAAAAGCGUCUUAACACUAACCAGCUUCUGCGCUACUACGUCUCUACAAAGCUCCGAGAAUCAGAAAUUGCCCCAUACCUCACUAAAAAGCAAAAGGAGGUCAAUUCAAAGGGAAUCAAGCUUGGAAGUUACCCCCACAUUAGCUUUGGUGUUAACACUGUCAGCAUCAUUGGUAAGCAGUCCGAUGAAGAGUUUCUUAAGGAACUUGUUAAGGAUGUUGAGGAAAACGUUGAAGGAAAGGAAAUUUCAAAAGAAGAGGAGGCCAGAAUUUCAGCUUAA